ACUACUUGUAGCUUCUUUCUGAGCAGCAGAGAGAAGAAGACCUCACUUUCUCUGUUCAGGCGUCGUGUCUCUGCUCAUUUUUUUUUCAUCACUUCUCUUCCAAUACUUCAUCAUCUCUGCAGAGGAUGUCUCUGGAGGUCUGCUCCCGGGUUGCCGCCAUCGGGCUGUCCGUCGUGUCUUUCCUCGCAACUUUAGUCGUCAACGGCUUGGCUGGGGCGGGGCGAGGUCCGUUUGGCUCCAGCACCGGUAACGUCUCGUCCCGCUAUGAGACGGACGUGACUCCGGCCGGCUGGACCUUCUCCAUCUGGGGCCUCAUCUACACCUGGCUCUGCCUCGCCCUGAUCUACAUCACCUCCUACCUGUUCAGAGGUGCGUGGGCCCUGUGUGUGUUACCCUACGGUUUCUACGUCUGCUGGCUGGUCAACAUGCUGCUGAACAUUAGCUGGCUGCUGCUGUGGGACCGAGAGGCGAUGGUGGCGGCGCUGGUCGUCUUGGUGAUGCUCACUCUGUCCAGCUACGGCGCCUUGUUCUUCUGUUGCUACGCUACUGAUAAUUAUGGUCUGUGGCUGCAGACCCACCAGCCAAAAGACCUGGCCUGCCUGCGCAUACUGGUUCAGAACGGCCUGGCCCUCUACGCCACCUGGACGUCCGUGGCCACGCUGAUCAACCUAGCGGUGGUCCUCCAGCUGGGGGGCGUUGCCCAGACCACAGCCGGGACCGUCGCCCUCUGCCUGCUAUUGGUCCAGCUCCUAGCCUGGUUCUUCCUGGAGAACGUGUUCCUGGACCGCUGGGUGCGCCCGCUGCAGACGGUGUACCCGGUGGUGGUCCUGGCCCUGUCUGGGGCCGUCAGCCGGCACCACCAGCCGCUACACCCCACCGCCAACUCUGUUUUCCAGGUGGUGCUGCUGGUCCUCUCGUGUGUUCUACUGGUGGCCCGAGUCGUCAUGGUGAUCUGCAGAACCAGGAAGCAGCCUCUUCUGGGUUCAGGCCAGCAUCCAAUCAGAUCCCCUUGUGAUGGUGGCAAGAGGAAACUCCUUAACUAAAACCUCUAUAUAGAAUAUAACUACAGCAUUGUUGAUGCGAUAUAUAUACUUGAACUGAAGACUAUAUAACUAUUCAUUGUCUGUAUAGUUACAUAAACAUCCGUCAUAUACAGAAAUAUAUAUACGAUCUAAUGUAUAUAAUUUUUAUAAUCCUUUUUCCAAUAAAACAUCCUUGAUCUAAUGCUU